GAGGCACACGCGAGGCCCGGAAUAGCCUCAAAGGCAUUUUACAGAUUUUUACAGUAUUAGAGAAUGCUGCUGGCACAGGAAAUCCACCUCGGCCUAGAGCCAGAGUGAUGAACACGGCAGAUAAACGAUAAAACGGGACACAUCCCUGCAGAGCAGUGGCUUGGGAUCCAGCCUACCCUGGGCCGUUGGCCAGCUUCCCCAGCCGCCACGACCCGCCUAUGCAUGCCCCUUGUUUGACCAUGCCGGGCCCCGUGCGUUUUGUGUUUCUGCCAUGAUCGGGCCCGUCGGCAAUGGAACGGGCGUCUCUUGUCUCUGUCAUCAUUCCCGUUCCCUUCCGAGAGAGGCGUCCUGGAUCACUGCUGGAAUCGGUGGGAUUUUCUUUCGUGCCCGUCCUCCUUUUUUCGCUUCAGUCUCUUUGGUCGCCGAGCGCCAACGUCGACGUUAAUUCACCCCUAAUCCACAACCACCCUGCCCCGAUCUCGCCUCGCCGGCACCGACCACGUUCCUCCAGCAGUCGAAAGAUGGCGGGCGAAAAUAUCCUGGUCGAGCUGCUCGGCCGCAUCACCAUCGCUCGAGUCGUCGGCGCUGUCCUCUCCUUCAUUGUCAUCUCGUUCAUUGUCGACAUCGCCCAGCUGCCAAGGUAUCCCAAGUCGAUUCCCCGCGUCGGCCAUGGCUCUGGCAUGAUUGCGACUGUGAGGAAUUGGCUGGGUUAUGUAUUCCAUUUUCCCGAGUGGGUGGAUAGCGGUUACAAGAAGUAUUCCAAACAUGACCGAGCCUUUGUUGUGCCGUCGGCGGCCUCGCGCCCCCAAGAGGUCGUCGUCCCUCCCUCGCAGACGGCCUGGAUGCUCGAGCUGCCCGACCGGAUCCUGUCGUCGGCCCACGCGCAGAGCGACGUCAUGUACAGCGAGUACCAGUUCCUGGGCCGCCAGUACGCCACCGACGCGUUCCACAUCCGCGUCGCCCACCGCAACUUCUCGCGCCACCUGAACGAGCUCAUCCCGUCGCUCCAGGGCGAGGUCGAGUCGGCCAUCGACGACGCCUUCGGCACCGACACGGAGAACUGGACGUCGCUGAACCUGUGGGAGGCGUGGCUCAAGAUCGUGCCCAGGACCACCAACCACCUGCUGGUGGGCACCGAGGCGUGCAGGGACCCCGACUUCCUCAAGAGCAUGGUCGACUUUGCCGACGUGGUCGUGAUCAACAGCUUCAUCCUCAACAUGGUGCCCAAGACUCUGCAGCCCAUAGUCGGGCGCGUGAUCGCGGUCCGGAACUGGUGGCACUACCGCAAGGGCUUCCGGGUGCUGGAGCCCGUGAUCCAGCGCAGGCUGGACAUGAUGGCGCGCAAGGAGGGCGGCGACCCGGCGCUGGACCAGUGGGAGCCGCCCGAGGACUUCUUCACGUGGGCUAUCCGCAUGGCUCGCAGCGAGGGCCGCGAGGAGGAGCUCAACCCGGUCGCCAUCUCCAAGCGGCUGAUCCCCAUCGAGUUCGCCGCCAUCCACACGACCGUCAUCACGGGCCACUUUUUGAUGCUGGACCUGCUGACGACGGACCCGGCCGACGGCGUCCUCGACGGCCUCCGCGACGAGGCGGCGCGGCUGCUGGCCGACUGCGGCGGGCGCUGGACCAAGGAUGAGCUCUGGCGCAUGUACCGCGCCGACAGCGCCAUCCGCGAGAGCCAGCGCGUCAGUACCUUUGCCACCUCGCUGACCAAGCGCAAGGUCAUGGCGCCCGAGGGCAUCACCAACCCGGCCGAGGGCUGGCACGUGCCCCAGGGCAGCUACCUGAUGCUCAACCUCGACGGCGUCCAGCACGACGGCGAGGUCUACGAGGAGCCCUACCGCUACGACGCCUUCCGCUUCUCGCGCCCGCGCGAGGAGUUCGACGCCCGCCCCGCCGACAACAGGGACAACGACGAGUGGCUGCAGCUCAAGAAGCUAGGUAUGGUCACCACGGGCGACAACCACCUAGCCUUUGGCCACGGUAGGCAUGCUUGUCCCGGCCGCUUCUUCGUGGCGCACGAGAUGAAGAUGAUGCUCGCCCACAUGCUUCUCAAAUACGAGAUCAAGCCUCUGACGGACCGGCCCAAGCCGAUAUGGAUCGGGCAGACGAUUGUGCCCCCUCUCGACGUCAAGAUCCAGAUCAGGAGGCGCAAGGGGACCGUAUGAGCCGCUCUAGAAACCGAUUGCCGCACAAACAGUCAAAACUCUCUUCGCAUGGAUGCUUGCAUUCAUUACCAUGUAUUUUUAUGUAGACUUUUCCGGCGUUUGGCAAUGGAGGCUGCAUGUCAGAUAUCAGGGGCUAACAUUAGCAGUUGUGUCCCUUGUUAAAAAUCUGUGUGAAAUCUGUCGCACAUGGCCAUUGGGUUCGUGAAGCAAACCACUGCGUGCGCACGUGGGCCGUGGCGGCGGGUUGGGGUGAGAAGAGUGACAAAGGAACGUUGGCUUUGCCUUCUUCCCUCGUCAUUCCCCAUUCUUAUUUAAGAGCCCAAGACUUCAAUUGAAUUCGUCGGGAAAAUUGACCGGGCGUCUCUGCUCGC